AGGCCAAGAUUUGUUGGACUCUGCAGGGAGAGUUGAAUUACUCCAACUAUAUGGACAUUGCAGAGUUGGAAGAGAAGGUAUCCCAGCUGAGGCAACGCAUACAGAAAGUAAACAACUAUGCUCAAGGUGCAAAGAAUAGGAAGGGGCGAUAUUCACGGCCAUUGUGUGGGAAGAGGUACACUCUAAAAGGUGGAUUUUCCCCCUCUUGCUCCAAGGCUCCAGAACCUCCCAAGCUCACGAUGCCCAGAGUCUUUGGUCCUUUCUCAGAAAUCACGAAUAAGCAGAUGGACAGAGCUACCACUUCAAGUCCAGAUCUGAAAUGUUGGUGGUGUGGUCUAACAGCGGUGACCCAGAAAAGACUCCCUGGCAAUGCUGCCUUGCCUUCUCAAAAUGCUGGCUCUACUGGCAUUAAACCUGCAGCCUCUGCUCUUAACACGCCUGGGCCGUGCAAGCUUCCAGGUGGUACAGAAGAUGACGUGGAGAGUGAAAACCCUGGCCCCGGUUGCUCUGCUAAGGAGACUUAAAUGUCUUCUUACAUGGAAAACCUACGUGAAUAAACACUGUGCAAGCGCCCAG